UUUCUUCACAGCAAAACUAAAGAGAAUUUCUUUGCUUUCUUUGUCGUAUUGUUAUUCUCUCUCUUUCUCUUUCUCCUAAGCCCUCAAGAAUUCAACUUUUUCGUAUUCAUGAAAGCUAAGCUCUAUCUUACAAGGUUGGUUUUGGCACGUGGGUUUUAACGUUCAAGUUCUUCUAUGAAGAUGGACACUACUCUUUUGGAUAAUGGCAUGGAGGGCAUUGAAGAUGAAUCUGCUGAACAAUUACUUGCUUCAUGUUCCUUUUUGGAUGAAAUUUUUGGAGAUCCAUAUGUGAUUCCUCGUGUUGGAGAUCAAUACCAAGCAGAAAUUCCACCUCUAGUUGGAGAAUGUCGUAGUUUACAGGUUGUAAUGGAACCAAUUGACUCAAAAGUCAUAAUUAAUGUGCCAAACCUUUUUCCAAUGGGAUUGCCUAUCCCUCUUUUCUGGACAAAGACUGAAGAAAGUAUAAAUGGUGCAUUUGAAUUUGAAAACAGUGAAGAGAGCCACAUUACGUCAAGCCAUGGAUGUGCAGAAUAUAAAGUUGGAAGUCUAUAUUCUGUGUUGGGUGAUGGGAAAGACACGAGAGGGUAUGCAAAGCUUCAAGCUACAACCGGAACUAAGCUGGAUGUUGAUUUACUCUUUCCACAGGAGCCAAAUUCUAAGCUGAAUCUGGUGGAUAGAUGUCCUUGUCCUCUUCCAGGAUUUUCGAGUGAAGUAUGGAAGGAUAUUGAACUUGACAGUUUUCUUCUUGGGCUAUACAUCUUCGGAAAAAAUCUUAUCCUUGUGAAAAAUUUUGUUGAGAGUAAAGAGAUGGGAGAGAUAUUGUCUUUCUAUUAUGGAAAAUUUUACAGGUCUGACGGAUAUCGCAGAUGGUCAGAAUGCCGAAAGUUAAGAAGCAGACGUUGCAUUCAUGGAGAAAAGCUGUUCAGAGGAUGGAGGCAACAGGAAUUAUUAUCACGAUUAUUUUCUCAUCUUUCAAAAGAAUGUCAAGAUAUGUUGCUUGAGGACCAGAGUUCAGGAAAGAGGAUUGGGCUUGCUAAGGACAAUGAUAGACUAUAUUAUCUUGAGACAUCAAACAAUACAAAAGAUGUGACAAGGGAUAAUAUUAUUCUUGAUUCUACGAAGGAAUUACAAGUGUACUCAAGAAGGAAAGUUCCAAAUCUUGAACCAAUGCAAGUCCAAGAAUCUAAUCCUAACUCUGAAAAUGAGGUUUCUAAAACAUUUGGUGAGGGAAAAGUUUCCUUUGAGGAAUACGUAUUCACCGUAAAGAAUACAGUUGGCAUUGGUAUGCUCAUAGAAGCUAUAGGUAUUGGCAAAGGAAAGCAAGACCUAACUAGCAAUGCCAUGGAACCAGUAAAAGCCAAUCAUGUAGUUUCUUUUCGUCCUGAAAUACCAGUUGGAAAAGCAUGUUCUACUCUUGCAUCUGCAGAUAUUAUCAAGUUUUUAACAGGAGAUUUUAGGUUGAGCAAAGCUAGAUCCAGUGAUCUUUUCUGGGAAGCUGUUUGGCCUCGCCUUUUAGCCAGAGGCUGGCACUCUGAACAGCCAAAGGAUCAGGUUUUUUCUGGUUCAAAGAAUUCUCUGGUGUUUCUUGUACCUGGUGUUAAGAAGUUUUCAAGAAGGAAGCUGGUGAAAGGUAACCACUAUUUUGAUUCUGUUAGUGACGUUCUUAAUAAAGUUGCUUCAGAACCAGGGCUUCUUGAGCUUGAAAUUGAAGUGCCAGGCAGCAGAGAGAACAAAGAAAAUAAGUGGGACCCAGUAACAAAACAAGAUCCUGAUUUUAUGACAAAUAAACGUAACCGAUACCUCAAGCCACGAAAUUCUGGUUGCAGUCGAGAUUUAAUGAAGUUUACAGUUGUAGAUACUAGUUUGGUCCAAGGGACUCAACGAUCCAAGGUUAGAGAACUGAGAAGCUUACCACUUGAAGCUACGAGCUUAUCCACCCCCUCUGGUAUUUCCAGCGAUUCUGAGGAGGAUACAUCUGAUGACUCAGAAGAUGAUGCAGAAGAAAAUAGUACUUCAAAUGCUGCAGAGUCCAUGGCUAAUGGGGAAGAAUAUGUGGACUUAUCAGAUUGUGUAAAUAGUAAUUCAAACAUCGUCAUUCCCCACACCUCUGAUACCAGCAUUAUAUCAAUGGAAAAUCAUGAAAGCCAUAACACAAGUCUGCUUGAUGAGAAGGAGAAAAAGGUUAUGAAGUAUAAUUUCAGCCGAAAGGUGCAGUCUAGUGAUUCCAAAUAUUUGGCUCCUGUUAUUAAACAGCAGGGUUUAACUGAUUGUGUCAAUGGAGAAUCAAGCUGUAGUGUUGAAAACUUUUCUGCUGAGAGGAUGUUAAAUGAAGACAAUUCGCACUGUAGGUCUAGCUUGCCUGAUGCUUGUGAAGCUAUGGUUUUUCCAAUGGGAUCCCCAAACUUGUCACCUGCCAGUUCUUUGUCUAAAGGCGGUGCUGAUGAGGGAAAGGAAGGCAUUGUCACUGAAAACUGCCUUCAUGGAGAAGAAUCUCUGAUAAAAACGCAGUUACAUGCUUUGAUAAACUUGAAUGUUCGUCAAGUAUCAAUGGAUUUUGAAACCAAUGGACCCUUCAUCACAGAGACGGUGCAAAAUAUUGACAAUUCGGGUGCUCAUAUAUCAUUCUUUCAGUCCGAAAUAAUGGUGCAGCCUGAACCAUUGAAGCUUCCUGAUAAAGGCGCAGAGGUCAAUCAGCAUCCUGUAAUGCACAACCGGAGGCAGAGUACCAGGAACCGACCAUUAACAACAAAAGCUUUAGAAGCUCUUGAAUGUGGGUUCUUCAGUCCCAGGAGGAAGAGAAAAGUUGCAGAGGCUCCACAGAAUAACUUACGAAGAGUUCGUGGCAGGCCUGUUGUUAAUGCCCUUUUUAGAAAUGUUGCUUGUAAGCCCAACAUGGAGGAGAGUUAGAUUGGUUUCUGCAGUGCCAAAAAAUGGCCAGUCGGUCUCAAAUCUGAAUCUGAUACGUGGAGAAAUGAGUGGACUAAUUGCUAAGCUGGUCCUGAAAAAACCACGUCUCCCUCCACGGCCUCCAAAGCAUUGUGUUUUGGGUGCUUUUCAUUUUUUUAGUCAAUAAUUGGGAGUGCAUAUGUUUCCUUAAUCAAACUAGGAAAACAUAACACUCCAUUCACCCAACCAGCUGCAGAUUCGUGACCAAUGUCAGGUGAAAAAUUGAAGUAUCAAACAUGUUCAUCUUACAUAAGUCAGACGAAACUGAUGCGGGGUUAUAAUCUCAGAAAGAAGAGGAGGGGAAACAAUUCCUUAAACCGGAGUAACCUUUUUCAUUGUGGGAGCAAAUGACACAGGUGGUUCUUACUGUCUUCUAGAUAACUGACUUGCAAACGGUAUUCCUUAUAGGGGUUUGACUGCUGAAUAAUCGUAAUGCCAACCUUUGAUCUUGGUGAAGCUGACUGUUAUUUUCUCAGUUAAAUAAGUUCUCUUUCUGUAUAAACUUUGUCCUCAAAAAGUGUAUAAAGCAAAAGAAUUUUACUUUUAUAUUAGAUUUUCAAUUUAACAAAGUUGUCCUAUUGUUAGUAUUAUAUUUUUUUAACAAGCAUAUGGUCAAAUUUUUAAUUAAUAAUUUUUUAUUAAACACGAGGAAUGGAAAAG